UCCACGCACAUCUAACAACACUGUCGCUUCGCCGCGCUCUCUCUCCCUCUCUCUCACAUACACACACAGCACACCGUCCGGAGCCACUUGGAAAUUUCUCUCAACGUGCAGGAUAUCUCGGUGCUAAGCAGCGGGACUGCAUGCUGGCCGGCUGCUGGUUUAUGUGCGUCUUGUCGCUUGAAAUGCCCCAGCAGCGCAUCUGAAGCUGUGAAGAUCAGCAGAAACCCUCAGACUGCAUUUACCUCAGCAAAAAGGUGUAGCUGCAGUACCUUCCCACACUGCCAGUCAAGAUGGUGGUGUUGUCGCUCAAAAUCUGCGUGCGACAAUGCAACGUUGUGAAGACGAUGCAGUUUGAGCCCUCCACAGCUGUUUAUGAUGCCUGCAGGAUUAUCAGAGAGAGGGUCCCCGAGGCUCAGACUGGACAGGCCUCAGAUUACGGCCUCUUCCUGUCUGAUGAAGACCCCCGGAAAGGGAUCUGGUUGGAGUCUGGAAGGACACUGGACUAUUACAUGCUCCGUAACGGGGAUAUUCUUGAAUACAAGAAGAAGCAGAGGCCCCAGAAAAUCAAAAUGUUGGAUGGAGCCGUUAAAACAAUCAUGGUGGAUGACUCAAAAACAGUGGGCGAGCUGCUUGUGACUAUUUGCAGCAGAAUAGGCAUCACAAACUAUGAGGAGUACUCUCUGAUCCAGGAGACGGUGGAGGAAAAGAGGGAGGACGGGACGGGGACGCUGAAAAAGGACAGGACACUGCUGCGAGACGAGAGGAAGAUGGAGAAACUGAAAGCCAAACUGCACACAGAUGAUGACUUGAACUGGCUGGACCACAGCAGAACAUUUAGAGAACAGGGCGUGGACGAGAACGAGACUCUGCUGCUUAGACGCAAGUUCUUCUACUCAGACCAGAACGUUGACUCCAGAGACCCAGUCCAACUCAACCUGCUUUACGUACAGGCACGAGAUGACAUCCUGAAUGGUUCCCACCCUGUGUCUUUUGACAAAGCCUGUGAGUUUGGAGGCAUUCAGGCCCAGAUCCAGUUUGGACCUCACAUAGAGCACAAACACAAGCCUGGAUUCUUAGAUCUGAAAGAGUUCUUGCCCAAAGAGUACAUAAAACAACGAGGAGCUGAGAAGAAAAUAUUUCAGGAACACAAAAACUGUGGAGAAAUGACAGAGAUUGAAGCAAAAGUGAAGUAUGUCAAACUGGCACGGUCUUUGCGAACGUACGGCGUCUCCUUCUUCCUCGUCAAGGAAAAGAUGAAGAGUAAGAACAAGCUGGUGCCUCGGCUCCUGGGGAUCACCAAGGAGUCGGUGAUGAGAGUGGAUGAGAAGACCAAAGAUGUGGUUCAGGAAUGGCCUCUCACUACGGUGAAGAGGUGGGCUGCGUCGCCCAAGAGCUUUACGCUGGACUUUGGGGAGUACCAGGAGAGCUACUACUCAGUGCAGACCACCGAAGGGGAACAGAUCUCUCAGCUCAUCGCCGGUUAUAUUGAUAUCAUCCUCAAAAAGAAGCAAAGCAAGGACCGGUUUGGAUUAGAGGGUGAUGAGGAGUCAACCAUGCUGGAGGAAUCGGUUUCCCCUAAAAAGUCCACGAUACUUCAGCAGCAGUUUAACCGCGUGGGUCAGGUGAACCAAAGCUCUGUGGCGUUGCCGGGAGUGAUCCGCUCUGGCUCUAUUGGCACCGAGUCGCCCAGCAUGGGCACCAUGCCGUCCCCUCAGCAGCAGAUCACCAUGGGUCAGAUGCACCGUGGCCACAUGCCUCCACUGAGUUCAGCGCAGCAGGCUCUGAUGGGAACCAUCAACACCAGCAUGCAAGCUGUUCAAAAAGCCCAAAUAGACCUGGGAGAGGUUGACGACCUCCCGCCGCUGGGGCAGGAUAUGGCCUCCAAAGUAUGGAUCCAGAACAAGAUGGACGAAUCGAAACAUGAGAUCCACUCGCAGGUUGAUGCCAUCACUGCAGGAACAGCUUCUGUUGUGAACCUCACAGCCGGUGAUCCCACUGACACAGACUACACCGCUGUGGGCUGCGCCAUCACCACCAUUUCCUCCAAUCUGACGGAAAUGUCAAAGGGUGUGAAACUGCUGGCCGCGCUGAUGGAGGACGAUGUGGGAGGAGGUAACGACCUGAUGAAGGCUGCCAGGACGCUCGCAGGUGCCGUGUCCGACCUCCUGAAGGCCGUGGAGCCGACCUCCGGAGAGACCAGACAAACAGUGCUGACCGCUGCAGGUAGCAUCGGUCAGGCCAGUGGAGACCUCCUGCGACAGAUCGGUGAGAAUGAGACAGACGAGAGGUUCCAGGAUGUCUUGAUGAAUUUGGCCAAAGCGGUGGCCAACGCGGCGGCCAUGUUGGUGCUGAAGGCCAAGAAUGUCGCUCAAGUUGCAGAGGACACGGUCCUGCAGAAUCGGGUCAUUGCUGCCGCCACACAGUGCGCCCUCUCCACCUCCCAACUUGUGGCUUGUGCAAAGGUGGUGAGUCCGACCAUCAGCUCUCCGGUUUGUCAGGAGCAGUUGAUCGAAGCCGGGAAACUGGUGGACCGCUCGGUGGAGAGCUGUGUCCAGGCCUGUCUCUCAGCCACCGAGGACGGGGAGCUGCUUAAACAGGUGAGCGCAGCAGCAAGUGUUGUGAGUCAGGCGCUGGCAGAUCUUCUGCAACAUGUCCGUCAGUACACUGCCAGAGGAGAGCCAAUCGGGCGCUACGACCAGGCCACAGACACCAUCAUGACCGUCACAGAGAGCAUCUUUACUUCCAUGGGAGACGCAGGAGAGAUGGUUCGGCAGGCUCGGGUUUUGGCUCAGGCUACCUCAGACCUGGUGAAUGCCAUGAGGUCUGAUGCUGAGGUCGAGGUGGACGUGGACAACUCCAAGAAGCUGCUGGCAGCUGCCAAACUGCUGGCAGACGCCACUGCAAGGAUGGUAGAGGCAGCAAAGGGUGCAGCUGCGUACCCAGAGAAUGAGGACCAGCAGCAGAGGCUGAGGGAGGCUGCUGAGGGCCUGCGGGUGGCCACCAACGCUGCGGCUCAGAACGCCAUCAAGAAGAAGCUCAUCAACAGGCUGGAGAACGCCGCCAAGCAAGCUGCGGCUGCAGCCACACAGACCAUCGCUGCGGCGCAGAACGCUGCCGCCUCCAACAAGAAUACAGCAGCUCACCAGCAGCUGGUGCAGAGCUGUAAGGCUGUUGCAGACCACAUCCCCCAGCUCGUCCAGGGAGUCCGAGGCAGCCAGGCAAAACCAGAGGACCUGAGUGCCCAGUUGGCCCUUAUCAUUGCCAGCCAGAACUUCCUGCAGCCUGGUAGUAAGAUGGUGACCUCGGCCAAGUCAUCUGUUCCCACAGUGACCGAUCAGGCCGCGGCCAUGCAACUGGGUCAGUGUGCCAAAAACCUGGCCACCUGCCUGGCUGAGCUCAGGACAUCUGUACAGAAGGCUCAUGAAGCUUGUGGCCCCAUGGAGAUCGACUCGGCGCUCACCGCCAUCCAGACCCUGAGAAGCGAACUGCAAGACGCAAAGCUGGCUGCAGCAAACACCCAGCUCAAACCUCUGCCUGGAGAAUCGUUGGAGAAAUGUGCUCAGGAUCUGGGCAGCACCUCAAAGGCUGUGGGAUCCUCCAUGGCUCAGCUGCUUACAUGUGCAGCUCAAGGAAAUGAGCAUUACACUGGAAUCGCUGCCAGAGAGACGGCUCAGGCCUUGAAGACCCUUGCCCAGGCAGCACGAGGUGUUGCCGCUUCCACCACCGACCCCAAGGCUGCUGCCGCCAUGCUGGACUCGGCCCGAGACGUCAUGGAGGGCUCGGCGCUUCUGAUCCAUGAGGCCAAGCAGGCGCUGAUGUCCGACGGAGACGCUGAGAGUCAGCAGAGGCUGGCGCAGGUGGCUAAAGCCGUCUCUCACUCCCUGAAUAACUGCGUCAACUGUCUGCCUGGCCAGAAGGACGUCGACAUGGCUCUGAAGAGCAUCGGCGAGGCCAGCAAGAAACUUCUAAUUGAAACUAUCCCUCCGGCCUCCAAGUCGUUUCAGGAAGCCCAGAAUGAUCUGACUCAGUCGGCAGCAGACCUGAACCAGUCGGCAGGCGAGGUGGUCCACGCCUCCAGAAGUUCCAGCAACCAGCUGGCUUCAGCCUCUGGAAAGUUCAGCCAGGACUUUGAUGAGUUUCUGGAUGCUGGCAUAGAAAUGGCUGGGCACACACAGAAAAAGGAUGACCAGGUGCAAGUGAUUGGCAACCUGAAAAACAUCUCCAUGGCUUCCAGUAAAUUGUUGCUGGCUGCUAAAAGUCUGUCUGUGGACCCUGCAGCUGCAAACGUCAAAAACCUGCUCGCUGCUGCAGCAAGGGCGGUGACUGACAGCAUUAACCAGCUGAUCACGCUGUGUACCCAGCAGGCCCCCGGCCAGAAGGAGUGUGACAACGCCCUUAGAGAGUUGGAGGCUGUCAGAGGAAUGCUGGACAACCCCAGCGAACCCAUCAGUGACUUGUCAUACUUUGACUGCAUUGAGAGUGUGAUGGAGAACUCCAAGGUCCUGGGAGAGUCCAUGGCUGGCAUUUCUCAGAACUGUAAGACCGGGGAUGUGCCCUCGUUUGGAGACUGUGUUGGCUCUGCCUCCAAAGCCCUCUGUGGCCUCACUGAAGCUGCAGCACAGGCCUCCUACCUGGUGGGUGUAUCGGACCCCAACAGUCAGGCUGGACACCAGGGGUUGGUGGAUCCCAUCCAGUUUGGCAGGGCCAACCAGGCUAUCCAGAUGGCCUGUCAGAACCUAGUGGACCCACAGAGCAGCCCUUCCCAGGUGCUGUCUGCAGCCACAAUUGUUGCAAAGCACACCUCUGCAUUGUGCAACGCCUGCCGUCUGGCCUCCUCCAAGACCGUUAACCCAGUUGCUAAAAGGCACUUUGUACAAUCUGCCAAGGAGGUGGCUAACACCACUGCCAACCUGGUCAAAACCAUCAAGGCUCUAGAUGGUGAUUUCUCAGAGGAGAACAGGAACAGGUGUCGGGUCGCCACCGCUCCGCUCAUCGAAGCCGUGGAGAACCUGACGACGUUCGCCUCCAACCCAGAAUUUGCAAGCGUCCCGGCUAAAAUCAGCAAUGAGGGCUCAGCAGCUCAGGUACCCAUCCUCCACUCGGCACGCUCCAUGCUCGACAGCUCCACCCACCUGCUCAAAACGGCACGUUCAUUGGUUAUCAACCCCAAGGACCCGCCCACUUGGUCCGUUCUGGCUGGUCACUCUCGCACCGUCUCCGACUCCAUCAAGGGUCUCAUCACAGCCAUCCGAGACAAGGCCCCUGGCCAGCGGGAGUGCGAUUCAUCAAUUGAUAAUAUUAACAAAUGUAUCCGAGACAUUGAGCAGGCCUCUCUGGCCGCUGUCAGCCAGAACCUCCCCAGCAGGGACGACAUCUCACUAGAGGCGCUACAAGAGCAGCUGACCUCUGCUGUGCAGGAAAUUGGUUACUUAAUUGACCCUGUUUCAACAGCUGCCAGAGGCGAAGCUUCCCAACUAGGACACAAGGUUACCCAGCUAGCUGGUUACUUUGAACCUCUCAUCAAGGCUUCUGUGGGUGUUGCCUCCAAGCUCAGUGACCAUCAGCAGCAGAUGACUUUCCUGGACCAAACAAAGACACUGGCUGAGUCUGCCCUGCAGAUGCUCUAUGCUGCAAAGGAGGGUGGAGGAAAUCCAAAGGCAGCCCAUACCCAUGAUGCCAUUGCGGAGGCAGCUCAGCUCAUGAAGGAGGCAGUGGAUGACAUGAUGGUGACGCUGAACGAGGCGGCCAGUGAGGUGGGCAUGGUGGGAGGAAUGGUGGAGUCCAUCGCUGAGGCCAUGGCCAAGCUUGAUGAAGGAACGCCUGCCGAACCUGAAGGCUCCUUUGUGGAUUACCAGACUAACAUGGUGAAACAUUCAAAGGCUAUUGCAGUUACUGCCCAGGAGAUGAUGACCAAAUCAGUGACCUGUCCGGAUGAGCUGGGGGCUCUGGCCUCUCAAGUGACCGUGGACUACAGCCAGUUGGCCGUCCAGGGGCGGCUGGCUGCUCACACUGCUGAGCCAGAAGAGAUUGGCUUCCAGAUCAAGAGCCGAGUGCAGGAGCUCGGUCAUGGCUGCAUCUUCCUGGUCCAGAAGGCCGGAGCUUUGCAGAUCAGCCCAUCCGACAGCUUCACCAAGCGGGAGCUCAUCGACUGCGCCCGUGCUGUCACAGAGAAGGUGUCCUUGGUGCUGUCAGCCCUCCAGGCUGGUAAUAAGGGCACCCAAGCCUGCAUCACCGCUGCCAGCGCCGUGUCGGGCAUAAUCGCAGAUCUGGACACCACCAUCAUGUUUGCAUCUGCAGGCACGCUCAAUGCAGAGAAUGACGAGUCCUUUGCAGACCACAGGGAAAACAUUCUGAAGACUGCCAAAGCCCUGGUUGAGGACACCAAGAUGCUCGUGUCCGGAGCCGCUUCUGGUCAGGACAAAUUGGCCCAGGCUGCCCAGUCUUCUGCCAAAACCAUCACCCAGCUCACCGAUGUUGUCAAACUGGGAGCAGCCAGCAUUGGCUCUGAUGACCCCGAGACACAGGUGGUUCUGAUUAAUGCAGUCAAAGAUGUGGCCAAGGCGCUAGCUGAGCUCAUUAGUGCCACCAAGUGUGCGGCCGGGAAGGCAGCAGAUGAUCCGUCUAUGUACCAGCUGAAAAGUGCUGCUAAGGUGAUGGUGACCAAUGUGACGUCCCUGCUGAAGACUGUCAAGGCUGUGGAGGACGAGGCGACUCGGGGCACCAGGGCGCUUGAGGCUACGAUCGAGUGUAUCAAACAGGAAAUGGCGCUGUUUCAGUCUAGGGACGCUCCUAAUAAGACCACCACACCAGAGGAGUUCAUACGCAUGACUAAGGGCAUCACCAUAGCUACCGCUAAAGCUGUGGCUGCAGGAAACUCUGCACGCCAAGAGGACAUCAUCCAUACAGCCAACCUGAGCCGCAAAGCUAUCUCUGACAUGCUAACAACCUGCAAGCAAGCAGCUUACCAUCCAGAGGUCAACGAAGAGGUCAAGAACAGAGCCCUGAUGUUUGGAGCAGAAUGCACAACUGGAUACAUUGAUCUGCUGGAACAAGUACUGCUGGUGAUGCAGAAGCCCUCAGCAGAGCAGAAGCAGCACUUGGCAGCUUGCUCCAAACGAGUGGCGGGCGCCGUCACGGAGCUCAUCCAGACUGCAGAGGCCAUGAAAGACGGAGGUUCGGAGUGGGUGGACCCCGAGGAUCCUACAGUGAUCGCAGAGACUGAGCUGCUUGGGGCCGCGGCGUCCAUCGAGGCGGCUGCGAAAAAGCUGGAGCAGCUGAAACCCAGAGUAAAGCCAAAGCAAGCAGACGAGACACUGAACUUUGAGGAGCAGAUCCUGGAGGCUGCCAAGUCCAUUGCCGCAGCCACCAGCGCGUUGGUCAAAUCUGCCUCAGCCGCUCAGAGGGAGCUCGUGGCCCAGGGCAAAGUGGGCUCCAUCCCUGCCAAUGCUGUGGACGAUGGACAGUGGUCCCAGGGGCUCAUCUCUGCUGCACGUAUGGUAGCGGCAGCAACAAGCAACCUGUGCGAAGCAGCCAACGCCUCAGUGCAAGGCCACGCCAGUGAGGAGAAGCUCAUCUCUUCAGCCAAACAGGUGGCGGCCUCCACCGCCCAGCUGCUGGUGGCCUGCAAGGUGAAGGCGGACCAGGACUCCGAGGCCAUGAGAAGACUGCAGAUUGCCGGGAACGCAGUAAAAAAGGCAUCAGACAAUUUGGUCCGGGCAGCUCAGAAAGCAGCUUUUGACAAAGCGGAUGAGGACAAUGUGGUUGUCAAGACAAAGUUUGUGGGUGGAAUAGCACAGAUCAUUGCAGCCCAGGAGGAGAUGCUGCGGAAGGAGCGGGAACUGGAGGACGCCAGGAAGAAGCUGGCUCAGAUCAGGCAGCAGCAGUACAAGUUUCUGCCAAGCGAGCUACGAGAAGACGCCAACUGAUACCUGCUGUGUGAUGAGCACAUCUGUGUUAGGUGUGGCAAACCUGGACAGGUGUAUGACCCCCGGUGACUUCUGUGACCGGUUCUUGAAAGACUGGUACUUCAUCGCAUGAAAAGAUCUUAAAUAGCUUCGAGUGGGUUUAAAAUACUACUGUGUGGAGUCAACUACUUCCUGCAAACAACACAAAGAAUGUGGUGACCUGACAGAACCUUGUCCUCUCUUAUACCGUCUAUAAUAACUACUUAACCCCGAAUGUGACAUCCCUCAGACAAACAGCACAGCUCACAUUUCACCCUAUAAGCUUUUGUUUUCCAUUUCCGCUUGCAGCUCCAUUAACACAAGCUUUCAAAUGAAGAACUGAUUGUACAUGCUGCUUGUAUCGCUUAGCCAUAUAAACACAUAAAUCUGAAAGCAAAAAGAAAAAAAAACUCCCCAAAACAUUUCAGCUUGGUACUCUGACUGUGUGAAUGUUGGUCUUUAUGCUCCAGUUGCACCUUAACGUCUGUGUGAAUCAUGUGAAGUGCUGUUGCACGUUUCUGCUUUAAUCCAGUGGUCAGUAACCAUAAUGUGAAGUAAGAUAAUCCAGUCUUAUAAAUAUUUUUUCCUCCAUUCUUCUUCCUGAUAUUUCUCAUCUCUUUAGGCAAAACAUAUGAAGAUGAAACACAUUUUACUGAUUUCUCAAAGACACUAUGAAUAUGUUUCGUUAUGUGUAACCACUGUGUUACAUUGUAAAUGUUUUUUUUUUCUUCUACAUCGGAAAACAUGUUACCACAGAGAUUAUUUAUUACCGUAGGAUAAUUUUAACUGGGAGGGGUCUAUUUUCAGGGUCAGAUAUGGUCUGAGUUUAUAGCAGCCAACAGCAGGGUGUCGGAUAUUUUCCAAAACCAUAAAAUGUUCUUCUUUUUUUUAUAUAUUGCUCAUCCUUCUAGGCGAUGAAAGUAUGAACAAUGCAAUAACAUAACAGGUGCUUUAGGGGGCAGCAUUGGUUACAUUUAUGCUGUGCAGAAAGUGAAAUGUGUUUUUUUUUUUUUUGUUUUUUUUUUUUAAGUAAAUAAAUAUUUCAGUGACCUUUGUAACUUGGCAGUUGUACAAAGAAAACUGAGACUACAUUUUUGUUAAUGCAUUGAUUUAUUUGGAGAGCACAGUAGCUGUCUCUUCUAGAGUUACUUAAUGACAAUUUCUAAAGCAAUAUCUUCACUGCCUGGUAUUUCUUUUGGUCAAAAUCAGCAACAAAAAUUGCUGCGAUCAGUUAACUCUCUCAAACAUUUGACUGCUGAGAGAAAGUAAAAAUGAAGCAAGUGCAAAGAUAAUCACAAAGUUUUGUCUUGUCUUUUGUUGCUGCGCCGCAACUUUAACCAACAAGCAGAACAAGUUAUGUUUACAGCGUUUGAUUGUGAUGUCAUCAAACCUUUCCCUCGUCUUAUUGUAGAGGCCAUUAAUCAGUUAGAUAUUACAUUAAACUGUAAGUUUAGGUCCUAGGUGAGGAUGCAAGGCUUUAUGCUUUAGGAGUAAUUCACACCUCAACAUAGCAACACUGUAUCCUGCAGCAUGUAAGCAGUGCGUUUUUCUGAGUUGACUUUUGUUUCAGUUGAUUUCUGGCAUUGUGACCUGUGGGUGUGGACAUUUUGAAAGAGAUGGGGAGCAUCCACCGCUUAUCAGUACAGUCUGUAGUGUUAUUAUUAUUAGUGCCUUAGUCGUUUACUCAUACAGCGUCUGCUGCUACAGCGAUAGCUUCACGUAGAAGACAUGUUUUUGCUCGGAAACGUCGGUUCCUGUCUGUGGUAUUUUAACAUGCUGUUCCUUUAAGUGCUGAAACAACUGCGCCUCCUUUAUCUCUCCUCUCUGCCACAUGUAAAGCCUUUUCUGGGGGCGGGGGGUGACAAAUGGACUGUCUGCCAGUCAGAAAAUAAAAUGUGUCUGAAGUUUAAAAUGUAUUAUAUUACAUAUAUGAAUACAUUUUUGUACUGAAUUUUAUGGGCAUGUAACCACAGUGCUUCUGAACAAAAACACCCACCAGAGACAGAAGUGUUUCAGCCCAACUGCUUUGUGUGUAAUGAAGUCCCCAACAUUUUACAGAUUUUUUUUUCUUGUGCUUUUAAGAUACUUCGAAAGAUAAGUGUGAUAGGAAUAUUUCAAUAUAUCUGUCACUGUUUUAUUGCCGUGUGGAGUAAAAGAAGUGUUCCCACUACCAUCAUAGAAAUUGAAUUAAAAGGUCGCUACACUAAAGAUGAAUGAUAAAUUAGGAUACUGAGAAUAUUUAUCUGGCCUCAAUAAAACUUUUUUUUUUUUGUAUUCACUGAAAAUAAAGCAUUUCAAUGUAAA